CCUCGGCUGCCGCUCCGGGCCGCGGAGCAACGCCGAGCUGCUCGGCCCCAGCAGUGACUGCCGCCGCUUCCCCUCACAGGGCGCGGGACGGCGCGGGCAGGAUGCAGGCGCCGCCGCUGCAGUACGAGUUCUUCAGCGAGGAGAACGCGCCCAAGUGGCGGGGGCUGCUCGUGCCAGCCCUGAAGAAGGUUCAGAUGCAAGUACACCCUAAGCUGUCAUCUACUGAAGAUGCUUUGCAGUAUGUUGAGGAGUUAAUACUGCAGUUGCUGAACAUGUUAUGCCAAGCUCAGCCAAGAAGCUUCCUGGAUGUAGAGGAUCGUGUACAAAAAAGCUUUCCCCAUCCUAUUGAUAAGUGGGCAAUAGCUGAUGCACAGUCUGCAAUUGAAAAGAGGAAGCGAAGAAAUCCAUUAUUUCUCCCAGUAGAAAAAAUUCACCCAUUGUUAAAAGAAGUUCUGGGCUAUAAAGUUGACCACCAAGUAUCUGUUUACAUAGUGGCAGUAUUAGAAUACAUUUCUGCAGAUAUCUUAAAGUUGGUUGGGAACUAUGUACGAAAUAUUAGACAUGAUGAAAUUACAAAACAAGACAUCAAGGUGGCAAUGUGUGCUGAUAAGGUGUUGAUGGAUAUGUUCCAUCAGGAUGUAGAGGAUAUUAGUACGCUGAAUUUAUCUGAUGAAGAACCCUCUACUUCUGGAGAGCAAAACUACUAUGAUCUUGUAAAGUCAUUCAUGGCAGAGGUUCGACAAUAUAUAAGAGAACUAAAUCUUGUAAUAAAAGUUUUUAGAGAACCUUUUAUCACCAACCCUAAGCUGUUUUCAGGUCAUGAUGUAGAAAAUAUAUUCAGUCGAAUAUCAGAUAUUCAUGAACUUAGUGUGAAGUUGUUGGGCCAUAUUGAAGACACAGUAGAAAUGACAGAUGAGGGCAGUCCCCAUCCCUUAGUUGGAAGCUGUUUUGAAGAUUUAGCUGAGGAGCUAGCAUUUGAUCCUUAUGAAUCGUACACUCAAGAUAUUUUGCGGACUGGUUUUCAUGACCAUUUUCUUAGUCAACUGUCAAAGCCUGGUGCAGCAUUCUAUUUACAGUCAAUAGGAGAUGGUUUUAAAGACGCUGUUCAGUAUGUUUUACCCAGACUACUUCUAGUUCCUGUUUACCAUUGCCUUCACUAUUUUGAACUUUUAAAGCAAUUAGAAGAGAAAAGCGAAGAUCAAGAGGACAAAGAGUGUUUGAAGCAAGCAAUUACAGCCCUACUUAAUCUUCAGAGUAGUAUGGAAAGGAUAUGCUCAAAAAGUCUUGCAAAGAGAAGACUUAGUGAAUCUGCAUGCCGGUUCUAUAGUCAACAAAUGAAGGGAAAGCAGCUAGCAAUCAAGAAAAUGAACGAGAUCCAGAAGAACAUUGAUGGUUGGGAGGGUAAAGAUAUAGGACAGUGCUGCAAUGAAUUUAUAAUGGAGGGGACUCUCACACGUGUGGGUGCCAAGCAUGAAAGACAUAUAUUUCUUUUUGAUGGUCUAAUGAUUUGUUGUAAAUCAAAUCAUGGCCAGCCAAGAUUGCCUGGUGCUAGCAAUGCAGAAUAUCGUCUGAAAGAAAAGUUUCUCAUGCGGAAGGUACAAAUCAAUGAUAAAGAUGACACUAAUGAGUAUAAACAUGCCUUUGAAAUAAUUUUGAAAGAUGAGAACAGUGUUAUAUUUGCUGCAAAAUCGGCAGAAGAGAAAAACAACUGGAUGGCAGCCUUGAUCUCUCUACAGUAUAGAAGCACCCUGGAGCGAAUGUUAGAUGUAACAAUGCUACAAGAAGAGAAGGAGGAGCAGAUGAGAUUUCCAAGUCCUGAGCUUUAUAGGUUUGCAGAACCUGAUUCUGAAGAGAAUAUUGUUUUUGAAGAAAACAUGCAGCCCAAAUCUGGAAUUCCUAUUAUCAAGGCAGGAACUGUUGUCAAACUCAUUGAGAGACUUACAUACCAUAUGUAUGCUGAUCCCAACUUUGUUCGAACAUUUCUUACAACAUAUAGAUCUUUUUGCAAGCCUCAGGAAUUACUGAGUCUCCUGAUAGAACGAUUUGAAAUUCCAGAACCUGAACCAACGGAAGCAGACCGCAUAGCUAUGGAGAAUGGAGAUCAACCUCUUAGUGCAGAGCUAAAAAGAUUUAGGAAGGAAUAUAUACAACCUGUACAGCUGCGAGUUCUAAAUGUAUGCCGGCACUGGGUGGAGCAUCACUUCUAUGAUUUUGAGAGAGAUGUAGAUCUACUGCAACGGUUGGAAGAAUUCAUUGGCACUGUCAGAGGUAAAGCUAUGAAGAAAUGGGUUGAGUCAAUUACAAAGAUAAUCCAUAGGAAAAAGCAAGCACAAGCAAUUGGGCCAAGUCACAAUAUUACUUUUGAAAGCUCACCACCUCCAAUUGAGUGGCAUAUUAGCAAACCAGGACACAUUGAAACAUUUGACCUGCUCACAUUGCAUCCAAUAGAAAUUGCUCGACAGCUCACAUUACUUGAAUCUGAACUUUACAGAGCUGUGCAGCCAUCAGAGCUGGUUGGAAGUGUAUGGACAAAAGAAGAUAAGGAAAUCAAUUCUCCUAACCUGCUCAAGAUGAUACGACAUACCACAAAUCUUACUUUGUGGUUUGAAAAAUGCAUCAUAGAAACAGAAAACCUAGAGGAAAGAGUAAUUGUAGUAUGCCGGAUAAUUGAGAUCUUGCAAGUUUUCCAAGAGCUAAACAAUUUUAAUGGUGUUCUUGAAGUUGUCAGUGCUAUGAACUCUGCACCUAUUUACAGACUAGAUCAUACCUUUGAGCAAAUCCCAAGCCGCCAGAAAAAGAUUUUUGAAGAAGCUCAUGAACUGAGUGAAGACCAUCAUAAGAAAUACUUGGCAAAACUCAGGUCUAUUAAUCCUCCAUGUGUGCCUUUCUUUGGAAUUUAUUUAACAAACAUCUUGAAAACGGAAGAAGGCAAUCCUGAAUUUCUCAAACGACAUGGGAAAGAACUUAUCAAUUUCAGUAAGCGGAGGAAGGUGGCUGAGAUAACAGGGGAGAUCCAACAGUACCAAAACCAGCCAUACUGCCUAAGAGGAGAAGCUGAUAUCAGAAAAUUUUUUGAAAAUCUGAAUCCAAUGGGAAAUAGCAUGGAAAAAGAGUUUGCAGAUUAUCUGUUCAACAAGUCUCUAGAAAUAGAGCCACGUAACGUCAAGCCACCCCCAAGAUUUCCCAAAAAGUACACCUAUCCUCUCAAAUCUCCGGGUGUUCGUCCAUCAAACCCAAGACCAGGCACCAUGAGACACCCUACACCUCUGCAACAGGAGCCAAGAAAAAUCAGUUACAGUCGUGUACCUGAGAGUGAAACAGAAAGUGCUGCUUCUGCACCAAACUCUCCAAGAACACCGCUCACCCCACCUCCACCAUCAGCGACUUCCAGCACCACAGAUGUCUUUGACUCUGAUCCCUCCACCCCUUUUCAUUCAAGGUCAGCUUCUGUGUCUUCCAUAAGUUUUCCAAAAAGCUCAGAUGAAAUUACCAUUCCCCCUCCUAUUCCUCCCCGGAGACGUCCAGAAUCUGCUCCUGCUGAAUCUUCUCCUUCAAAGAUUUCUUCUGCACAUCUGGACAGCCCACCAGCAAUCCCUCCUCGGCAGCCGACAUCAAAAAUCUACUCACCGAGAUACUCAGUGCCAGACAGGACCUCCAUCUCUGACCCCCCAGAAAGCCCACCUGUAUUGCCACCUCGAGAACCUGUACGAACUCCUGAUGUUUUCUCUAGUUCACCUCUCCAUCUCCAACCACCACCCUUAGGCAGAAAAAGUGAACUUGGCAACACUUUCUUUCCCAACAGUCCGUCUCCAUUUACUCCGCCUCCCCCUCAGACACCUUCUCCUCACGUUGUCCGGAGGCAUUUGCCAUCACCUCCUUUGAUACCCCAAGAUACGGACCUCCAUUCUGUUGCUGGGCCACCUGUUCCUCCUCGGCAAAGCACUUCUCAACAUAUCCCAAAGCUUCCUCCAAAAACUUACAAAAGGGAGCCCACGCAUCCAUUGAUGCAUCGUGAUGGACCCCCUUUGCUGGAGAAUGCCCACUCCACCUGAAUUCUCCCUUGUGCUCGAGAGAGAAUGCUUUCCCUGGUGCCAUGUCUGUUGCUGGCAAUAGAUGCACUGUACCUUGUGGGCACCAAGGAGUUGAGCUGUGUUGCUCCUAACACUAAAGACUCUACGUUUGAUAUUUGGUGUACAAAAAGAAGAAGAAAGAAUCUUAAUAACGGGCCCCUUACCAUGAAUAAACUGUUGCUGUUUGUUAGUAUAGUAUGCAGGGUCCUGUUCUAAAGUCAGUGGACACCUGAAUGUACCAGAAAUCAGAUUUGCAGAUCUCUUUGGGCCAAUAAGCAGACAUCGUGUUUUGUGUAACGUCCUGUGAGGGAUAAAAUGCAUAGUCCUGUAUUCAUCUGUCCACCAUGAUGCAAGUUCUUGGAGUAAAAAUAUUAUGCACUUUUUAAAAAAAGAAUCUCAAACAGGGAACUUGAUAGUCUUCUUAAUUUUCUUUUGUUUUAUUCCCUGCUUUCAAAUCAUGAACUGGACUGUGAGGAAGAUCUGUGGUACUGAACUGAACCAACAUAGAGCUAAGACAUAGCACCGUACUGCAGUCCUGUUUACAAACUGUUACUAGUAAUAACAUGGGUACCUAGGCUUCACCAAAGAGGUACUUUCCUCCUCCUUUAUGAAUAUUAUGGUGCCAGUUCAAAAAGAUUUUUUUGCCAGUAAACAGAAUGCCUAACUUUUAACCGCCUUUAAACAAACGAGAUUUAAGUCUUAUAUUAAUGACACCAAUGAUGCAAACUGCAAAACAAUGCUAUUGUCAGAGUUGAAUCUGUUUCUCCGUUUAGAAGACUGUUAAAUCUAGACUAGGUUAGGUCUUCAUUUUAAGGUUUACUGAUAACCCACUUAAUGGCUGGUAGUGCAACAUCUUUGAGACUAUGCCAUGAAAAUGCAAAAGGUAAUCCACUGGCCAUAUUCCCUAGUUAUCACCAUGUUUUAACUAGCAGUAGGUAGAUGAAUAAUCAGCACCCUUAGAAUUGCCUUGUAGUUGCAUAAAUAAAUCAUAUGUAUAUAGUGAAUGUUGCAUAAAUAUACUUGCAAAUUGUUUUUAAUUUAAUUGAAAUAAAGAUACAGAUAUUUUGUCUGGCUGACAUAUAUUAAAUUAUUGCAUUUCUAAAUGUACAUUUCAGUUUAAAGCACUGAGGAGGAGACACAUGCUGCGGCACACACCUCUCUUUCUUGCUCAUUGUUUUAGCCUAUAAAGAAA